UUUACAGGAGCUAAGAUGUCCAGAAUGCCGUGUGCUUGUAGAGGUGCCAGUGGACGAACUUCCACCAAAUAUAUUAUUGAUGCGUAUUUUAGAGAGCAUGAAAAGUGCCCCAAGGGCUGCUUUAAAUCAGUCUGUGAAGCCUUUUCAUAUAUUACCUCAUCCUAGCCAACCUCCUGGUCGGCCAGACCCUGUGGUUGAAGGUCCACCUCUCACUCAAGCACCACCUCCCCCUACACUUCAAAGCUAUUCAGUUGCCAAUACUACCACUUCAUCUGCCUCAAGUACUACAGGACUUUCUGCCACUUUAGAGACUUCUCUCUUCUCUAGUAGCCGUCUGACAGGAUUGGCCGGUGGAGGGGAAGGGGAAGGUCAUGGAAAUGUGUAUGGCGGAAAUAUUAAUACUAUUGGAACCUCAGGAGUCACAGGAACUUUAGGUCGAGAAGGAAAUGGCAGUCAGGGUGUUACUUUAUCUAGUGGUCCUUCACAUCUUGGUUUAGGGCUUACCUCUUCUUCUUCUUCAGCAUCAACAGUACAUCCACCAACAUCACUGCUUACUGGAAAUCAACAUAGACAGACAACACCUCAGCCAUGUGCCAAGGCCCUCUAUAAUUAUGAUAGAAAGGAAGCAAGAGACCUGAGCUUCAAAAAGGGGGAAAUUAUCAAUCUUAGAAAAAAAAUUGAUGCUAACUGGUUCCAAGGAGAACUGAACGGCCAAAUUGGAUUUUUUCCAGCAUCCUAUGUUCAGAUUAUAACUCCAUUACCAAGCCAUAUACCACAAUGUAAAGCUCUCUAUGACUUCAAGAUGACAAACGAUGAAGAAAGAGAUUGCUUAACAUUUAAUAAGGGUGAAAUCAUCACAGUGCUGCGUAGGGUAGAUGAAAAUUGGGCAGAAGGGAAGCUAAACUCUCGCAUUGGUAUUUUCCCACUUUCUUUUGUUGACCUUAAUAGUGCUGCCAAAGCCCUAAUGAAGCUCUCUCUCAAGUAUGUGUUCAGUUCAUUGCUCUUGAAUACUUCUGCCUUGCAUUUGGUUGACUGUAUCAUUUGA